CCGCCGGGCGAGAGGGUCGGUGGGGGGAGUCGGCGUCUCUCUCCCCCGCGCCAGCUCCCGUACACGGAGCCGCAUUCCUCGGCCCCCCCACCCCCUCCCUCGGGGCCCCCCCGCCCCCUCGGGAGAAAAAAAUUCCACCCCGAGCCCCCGGAACCCGAGGGAGGCUUCCUGUCCCCCCACGGGGAGACGCGUCUGCAACGGUUCUCUCGCCGUCGUCUCCCCCCGAGCCCCCGUCCCCUUCCUUGCUCCCACCCCCUUCUCCCGGCGCGGGGUGCAAGGUCCCUUUAAGGCGACGGCGCCUUCUUCGGGUCAGAGGAGCGGCGGCGACGACCACGGGAGCAUGGCGGACACCGACCUGUUUAUGGAAUGUGAGGAGGAAGAACUGGAGCCCUGGCAGAAAAUCAGUGAUGUCAUUGAGGAUUCUGUUGUUGAAGAUUAUAAUUCAGUGGAUAAAACCAUUACAGUUUCUGUGAGCCAGCAGCCAGUCUUGGCUCCAGUACCCAGCGCUGCCCAUGCUUCUGUUGCUGGGCACCUCUCUCCAUCCACCACCAUUAGUAGCAGCGGGGCACAGAACAGCGACAAUACAAAGAAGACUCUUGUCACACUAAUUGCCAACAACAAUGCUGGCAAUUCUUUGGUCCAACAAGGUGGACAGCCACUCAUCUUAACUCAGAAUCCAGCCCCAGGUCUAGGCACAAUGGUUACUCAACCAGUAUUGAGGCCUGUCCAGGUCAUGCAGAAUGCCAAUCAUGUGACUACUUCUCCCGUGGCAUCACAACCAAUAUUCAUCACUACACAGGGAUUUCCUGUAAGAAAUGUCCGGCCUGUACAAAAUGCUAUGAAUCAAGUUGGGAUUGUGCUGAACGUACAGCAAGGCCAAACGGUUAGACCGAUUACACUAGUCCCAGCAGUGAGCAUUGCCAGUUUUGUCACUGUCAAGCGACCUGGGGUUACAGGUGAAAAUAGCAAUGAAGUAGCCAAAUUGGUGAAUACCCUAAACACUGUUCCUUCCCUGGGCCAGAGUCCUGGGGCAAUGGUCGUCUCCAACAACAACUCUGCCCAUGGCUCUCAAAGAACCAGUGGACCUGAGUCUUCAAGUGAAAGGUACUCUUCCAUCCCAGUGUUUGACCUUCAGGACGGUGGACGGAAAGUAUGUCCAAGAUGCAAUGCUCAAUUUCGUGUCACUGAAGCUUUGAGAGGACACAUGUGUUACUGUUGCCCUGAAAUGGUUGAAUACCAGAAGAAAGGAAAAUCUCUGGACUCAGAAUCCAUUGUACUAUCAACAGCAAAGCCUCCAUCCCCUGAGAAAACAAUUCCUAUUUCUUCUACACCCUCUUCUACUCCCAACCCUGCACUCUCACCACCUACCAAAGUCCCAGAGCCUAAUGACAACAUAGCUGACACUGUCCAGACCAAGCUCAUUAUGCUGGUGGAUGACUUUUACUAUGGACGGGACGGUGGCAAAGUAGCCCAGCUUACAAGCUUCCCUAAGGUUGCCACAUCUUUCCGAUGCCCACAUUGUACCAAAAGACUGAAAAACAACAUCCGAUUCAUGAACCAUAUGAAACACCACGUAGAACUUGAUCAGCAGAACGGUGAGGUGGAUGAUCAUACUAUCUGCCAACACUGUUACCGCCAGUUUUCCACUCCCUUCCAGCUCCAGUGCCACUUGGAAAAUGUUCAUAGUCCUUAUGAAUCAACUACCAAGUGCAAGAUCUGUGAGUGGGCGUUUGAGAGUGAGCCACUAUUUCUCCAGCAUAUGAAGGAUACUCAUAAGCCUGGAGAGAUGCCUUAUGUUUGCCAGGUUUGUCAGUAUCGCUCCUCACUCUACUCUGAGGUAGAUGUCCAUUUUCGGAUGAUCCAUGAGGAUACUCGGCAUCUGCUCUGCCCUUAUUGCCUGAAGGUCUUCAAAAAUGGCAAUGCAUUCCAACAACAUUACAUGAGGCACCAGAAGAGGAAUGUUUACCACUGCAACAAAUGCCGGCUGCAGUUUCUCUUUGCCAAGGAUAAAAUAGAACACAAGCUGCAACACCAUAAAACCUUCCGCAAACCCAAGCAACUGGAAGGCUUGAAACCAGGCACCAAGGUGACAAUCCGGGCUUCCCGAGGGCAGCCAAGAACGGUUCCCAUGUCUUCCAGUGAUGUACCCCCCAGCACCUUGCAGGAGGCAGCCCCACUGGCCUCCUCAGCAGACCCUUUGCCUGUUUUCCUGUAUCCCCCUGUACAGCGCAACAUCCAGAAGAGAGCUGUUAGGAAAAUGAGUGUCAUGGGCCGGCAGACAUGUCUGGAGUGCAGCUUUGAGAUCCCGGAUUUCCCCAAUCACUUCCCCACUUAUGUCCACUGCUCUCUCUGUCGCUACAGUACCUGCUGCUCUCGAGCUUAUGCCAACCACAUGAUCAACAAUCAUGUUCCACGGAAAAGUCCCAAGUAUUUGGCUUUGUUUAAAAAUUCUGUGAGUGGAGCCAAGCUGGCCUGCACGGCAUGCAGCUUUGUCACCUCCAUGGGCGACGCCAUGGCCAAGCACCUGGUGUUCAAUCCCUCACACAGGUCCAGCAGCAUCUUGCCAAGAGGACUUACUUGGAUAUCUCACUCAAGAUAUGGCCAGACUCGUGACCGAGUGCAUGACCAGAACUUUAAGAAUGUAUAUCCUCCUCCGUCCUUCCCUGUGAAUAAAGCUGCCACUGUGAAGUCUGCGGGGGCCACCCCAGCGGAGCCUGAAGAGCCACCAGCUCCCAUGGUCCAGGCACUUCCAUCACCAGCCUCCACUGCGACCCCUCCACAGACCCCAACUCCCUCACAGCCUUUGGCCCUUCUGCCGUCAGCUACAGAGGGGGCUGAAUGUCUGGAUGUUGAUGACCAAAAUGAAGAGAGCCCGGUCCUCCAGGAUCCUGAACCAGCAUCAGGGGGUGGUGGGAGCAGUGGAGCUGGCAAGAAGGAACAACUCUCUGUGAAGAAGCUGCGUGUGGUACUAUUUGCCCUCUGCUGCAAUACAGAACAGGCUGCCGAACACUUCCGGAAUCCCCAGCGACGCAUCCGCCGCUGGCUCCGGCGCUUCCAGGCUUCCCAGGCAGAAAAUCUGGAGGGCAAAUACCUGAGCUUUGAGGCAGAAGAGAAACUGGCUGAGUGGGUGCUGACUCAGCGAGAGCAGCAGCUCCCCGUCAAUGAGGAGACCUUAUUCCAGAAGGCCACCAAAAUAGGACGUUCUUUGGAGGGAGGGUUUAAGAUUUCCUAUGAGUGGGCUGUGCGCUUCAUGCUGCGACACCACCUGACGCCCCACGCCAGGCGUGCCGUGGCCCACACCCUGCCCAAGGACGUGGCAGACAAUGCAGGCCUCUUCAUUGAGUUUGUCCAGCGGCAGAUUCACAACCAGGACUUACCCUUGUCCAUGAUUGUGGCCAUCGAUGAGAUCUCCCUGUUUCUGGACAUGGAAGUGCUGAGCAGCGAUGACCGGAAGGAGAAUGCUCUACAGACGGUGGGCACAGGGGAGCCAUGGUGUGACAUGGUGUUAGCCAUCCUGGCAGAUGGUACGGUUCUCCCCACCUUGGUUUUCUACCGUGGGCAAUUGGGUCAGCCUGCUAAGGUACCAGACUCUAUCCUGCUGGAGGCGAAGGAGAGUGGCUACAGUGACGACGAGAUGAUGGAGCUGUGGUCAGUCCAGGUGUGGCAGAAGCACACAGCCUGCCAGCGCGGCAAAGGCAUGCUCGUGAUGGACUGUCACCGCACUCACUUGUCGGAGGAGGUGCUGGCUAUGCUUAGUGCCUCUAGCACUUUGCCUGCUAUAGUCCCAGCAGGCUGUAGCUCUAAAAUCCAGCCGCUCGAUGUAUGUAUCAAACGAACUGUCAAAAACUUCCUGCACAAAAAGUGGAAGGAGCAGGCUCGGGAGUUGGCAGAUGCCUCAUGCGACUCCAGCAUCCUCCUGCAGCUGGUGCUGGGCUGGCUGGCUGAGGUCCUUGAUGUCAUUGGCGACUGUCCAGAGCUGGUGCAGCAGUCCUUCCUUGUGGCCAGUGUUCUGCCUGGUCCUGAUGGCAACGUCAACUCUCCUGCCAGGAAUGCUGACAUGCAAGAGGAGCUCAUUGCCUCCCUAGAGGAGCAGCUGAAGCUGAGCGGGGAACAGUCGGAGGAGGCCUCAGCUUGUACCCCCCGGCACAGGUCAUCUCCAGAAGAGACAUUUGAGCCUGAAAGCCUGCACCAGCUUUUUGAGGGGGAAAGUGAAACGGAGUCCUUCUACGGUUUUGAAGAAGCUGACCUAGAUCUGAUGGAGAUCUGAGUGUUAGGGUCAUGAGAUGGGGAUGAUGGAGUGGGGCGGGAAAGUAUGAGGGGUGGGUAGAGGGAUUUAGGGAAUGGGGGGGGUCAUAAAGUGGGCUAUUUGGUUUAUAUUUUUAACUUUUAUGCCCCCCACCCCACCCCCUUGUUGGCUGAACACUUCCCUAUGGACUUGUGGGUCAUUAGGAAAAAUGAUAGAGAUCAUGUCUGAGCCGAGGAGCUGGCCCGCUGGUCAUUCACUUCUGCUAAGAACAGGUUUUUGUGACUUUUUUUUAAAUUUAAAUCACUGUGUUUGGUAUUUUUCUGACAAAAUCAAGAAAAAGAAAAAAAAAAUCCUUUGUGGGUGAAUGUUAAAUUUUUUUUGUUUUCCCUUUUACCUCACUUGUAUCAUAGUACAUUUGGAUUUUGUUUGUUCGUUAGACUGACUGUGGCCAAUGUCUUUGGGCACAUGCUAUCCAACCAUUGUCAGUGUGAGGACAUUUCCAGAGACGGGAAAGACAAAAUAUGUAGCUCACAAACUGGUUUAUUAUAUAUAUGGAUAAAAACUUUUUUCAUUGUGGUCUUAACACUUUUAUAUAAAAAUGGAAAUGGAAAAAAAAAUCCCACUGAACUCUUCUUCCUUCUCCUUCCCUUCCCUCUCCAGAGAUGUUGGUUUAUACAGCAACUCUGAUCUAUAAAGUUGUGGCUUUAAAAAUGCAUGAGACCUUUAACCACCCAGAAUGAUGACUAGAUUUGUUAUUCCUCACUGUUCUCCCUCCAGCAAAAACAUGACAAAGCCAAUAUUCUUUGCACUCGAGGUCCUUGGCCCCUUCCCUAUGCUCACUCGCCACUCUGGACAAAGGAUCAUACAUGUGUCAUUAGCAAGCAGGAGGUACUGUACAAGGGAGUCACACAGGGCGCUGGGGUGGACACCAUUGUCAGUAAAUGCCAACCCCCAUAGGGCUGCCCUUGCUACUGAACUUCAUUCUGGUACAUGGACAAUGUGCCUGGUCAAGACUGCAUGUCCUUCAGCAAGGCGCUUAUGGGGCAAGAAGUGUUGAACAAGAGAAACCACUUGUAAUCCAGCUUAAUCCAGUUGUGGCAUCUGUCCCCUCUCACUGCUCAGAGAACUCUUGACUCUGACCCGAAGAACCACCACAGGGGUGUGCACAAAGAAAAAGACAUAAAUCUUUUAUUUUUCACUGCCAGCUUCAAGGAAAGAAAAGGUUUUUUUCUAUAAUUUGCAUGACGAAUUUUUUCCAAAUCCUAUGUACUCAUGGUUAUAAACUGAAACAUACUGGAGUGCAGAGAAAUGGAGCAAAAACUCAAGCCCACCUUUCCUACCGCUCCACCACUCUUUGCCCAUCCUGAGGCUGUCAGCACCAUCCCUCUCCUGUGAGCCCAGGAGGCAACCUGCACAGGCUUGUAAAUGGUUCAUCUCUUAAACAUACAAGGAACAUUUAAUAAAAUGAGGGAAAGUGGAUUUAUAAACAACAUGGCAAUUUUCUAGCUGACCCUGUUUUAAUAGGCUUUCAAACUGGGAGAUGCUUGAGCUGUGAUGGACCUGGUGGGACGUGUUUUAUCACCUGUCUCCCUCCUCCCCUUUUUCUUUAAAAAGAAAAAAAUUAACAGCCCCCAGCCCCAGCACACUAUAAUAUAGUGAACUGGAGUGACCCCUCCCUAAAAUAGCUUGACCAGCAUUAUGAACCCAGGAUAUCUGAAACCAAACUGAGAUUCCCAUCUCUCCCCCAGCUUUUUACCAGAUGCCAUAUUGACAGAUAAUGGACAUUCAAGUCAACACUUUGCCUUUGAGAAAGUUCAAGAAGCAACCAUCGGCUCUAUUUACAAGGACCUCUGUGGUAGUCUCUGCAGCAGACCUGCCUUCACAGAGCUGGAUUCCUGGCCUCGGCACACUGUAUGGCAUUCUUGACGGAUAAUUUUUUAAAACAUCAUUAAUACUAACAGUGGGUCAGCUGGGUUUGGGCCAGGAAGUUAUCUUUGUGGAUUCUGCCUGCAUGGCUUAGUAGUAGAAGGAAGGUCUUUUUUUGUUUUGGUUUUUUAUAAUUCAGUUUAAUCAAUAAACAAGUAUUUAUUGACUCGUU